CCACUCCCGGGUGGAGGCGAAGAUGGAGGCCCCCAAGCUGCUCCGGGUCUGGGUGCUGGCAGUCAUGGCCCUGGGGGGGUCCUGGGCCACCCUCCCCGACCACCACAUCUCCUCUGAGACCGGAGCCAUCUUCGUCCAUGAGCUGGAGCGGGAGCUGUUCCAGGAGGCCUUCCUCACCAGGCAUGAGGAUGAUGGCGUAGCCCCCCCCAUCACCUUCCAAGCCCACCUCCAGGACCACCCCGACCUGCCGUGGUGGCUGCGGUACAUCCAACGUGACCCCCACCAGCCGGGCUACCUCUACGGCUGCCCCACGGCCACCGAGGUGGGCACCCACGCCAUCGAGGUGCUGGCGUACAACCGACACACCUACGAGACAGUGGCACAGCUCCUUGUCAUCACUGUCAUCCCCGCUCCAGGUGGAGACCCACCAUACCAGGGUGAGUUCCUGGUGGGGAACAGGAACGUGGAGGAGCUGCUGCCGGUGGCUGCGCAGGACAUGUUCCUCCAGGCCACAGCUGGUGUCUGGGAGCAGGACGAUCUCCACAUCAUCAAUGUCACCUCCGCCCUGGACCGGGGUGGCCGCGUCCCACUGCCCAUAGAGGGGCGCAAGGAGGGGGUGUACGUGAAGGUGGGCUCCCGGGGUGGCUUCUCGCCCUGCCUGGCAUCGGCCACCUCGCCCCAGAGCCGCUUGCUCUGCAGCCUAGGCCAGCAGCCCCUCGCCUCCUGCUACGACACCUUCGCCCCCCACUUUGCCAUCCGCUGGUGCAACCUCACCUUGCUGCAGGUCUGGCCAAGCCCUACAUUGCCAGGGCCGGUGUGGGGUUCUGGGGUGCUGGAGGAGGAGGGGGAUUUCCAGCCCCCCACUGAGGCCCCCCCCCAGGACCUGCUGCCCGGGUUCCUGGUGACGCUGCUGGUGCCGCUGUUGGUGGCCGCGCUGCUCUGCCUGCUCCUGGGCCACCUCAUGUGCUGCCGCAGGGAAGGAGUGCAAAAACGGGACUUGGCGACGUCUGACAUCCAGCUGGUCCACCACACCACCAUCCAUGGUGACACGGAGGAGCUGAGGCACAUGGCCACAAGCCGGGAUGUCCCACGGCCCCUUUCCACCCUUCCCAUGUUCAACGUCCGCACGGGACAACGCAUCAACCCCAUGCCCUCCUCCUCGGAUGGUGCCCGCGUCCCCCUCCUCCCCCAGUGAGACGGGGUGGUGGGUGACGCUGGGAUGGCACCUGGCGGGGACACACACACACACAGAGUCCCAGAGGUGGACAAAGGGGUGUCAUGAUGAUUUUGGGGACAAUCUGAGGGAAAAAAAGGCCGGCAGGGGGCAGAUCCCAGCCGGACGGGUGGUUGCCCGUCCGGCUGGGCUCUGCCUGCUGCCGGGCUAUUGUCUGGAGCAUUUUGGGGGGGUCACCAAUAUUUGGGGGGGGUCAUCAACAUUCACAUGCAUCAGUGGGUCAAUACAGAUGGUUUUGGGCUAAUAAAG